AUGCUCACAGAGUCUAUCGUCGAGCGUGCGACGCCCCAGAAAAGCCACGGACCUCCCCGGAAGCCAGGAGCGAUCAGCACCAGCACCAGCAGCAGCAGCAACCUCAGGAGAAACAACCGCGUCGCUGCGGCGUCCGAACCGGUUCACAUUUCGCCAUCCAUCGCCACCAACUCGACCGUGUCCUGGCUGCAGCGGGUUCGCGUGCAUCUUGCAAAGCGCGCGCGUAAACUAACACGCAAUCGGUUCUGCUCCUCACAGGACAAUCUCGGUGCAUCUGAGUACCGGCGAGAUCGACGCGUUCACGGAUUACAGCUACCGUUGCAUCCGCUUCAGCUCGUCGGUUGGUUCGCGCUCGUCCUGUUCGGAUACUCCACGUUCGGUGUGUUGAUACCAGCGCUCGAACCAUCCCUACAACCUCCUCUAUACGUAGGCCUUACCGGACUCUAUCUGCUUCAUCUCAUAGCCCACCUGACGGCACUUCUCCUCGAUCCAGCCGAUCCCGAGCUGCGCCGGCUCGCACCGGCCAGCAAAACCGUAGUACCCGAGUUCGAUCGCACACGACACUCGCACGUGAUCGAAAACGGCCGUUGCCAUUUGUGCAACAUUCGCACGUCAAGCGCGCGCACCAAACACUGCAGCGUGUGCAACAAGUGCGUCGGUACCUUCGAUCAUCACUGCAAAUGGUUGAACCAUUGCGUCGGCGGACGGAACUAUGUCGCCUUUCUGAUGUGCGUGGUGAGUGCGGUCAUAGCGGCGCUGGUCAUCCUGGCCGCGGCCAUCACCGAGAUCGUGCUGUAUCAUGUGCAGCCGGCGGGUUGGCUGAAUUUGGCCUGGUUUGGGUUGCUCGAUGCCGCCACCGAUCCGACCGGUGGUGGACCGCAUGCCGAUGAGGCGGUUGAGCUUGAGCUGACCAGUGCCGGUCCUUCGUUGCCACCGGCGAUCACGGAUGAUGCGGGUGGUGGGUCGUUGUUUGAAAAUUUCACCACAUCCGCGCAGGAUCUGCUACUCAACGGUACGGUGGUUGGUGGGAUUUUUGGUGUAGGUGAUGCGAGUGGAACGGGACCAGCGAACGGUUCGACAAGUGGGGCGUCUCCAUCGGAUGGUGCCGGUGUGACUAACGAAGGUAUUGGACUGCAUCAUACCGUGUUUCUGGCGUUUGUCGCGUCGGUUGGAAUUUUGGCCGCCAUCGCUGCUGGACUCCUGCUGCAUCUGUGCUUCUUCCACGUGUACAUCUCUUUCCUGGGGCUCACGACGUACGAGUACAUCCGCAACAAUCGGCAAGCGGCUGCGGGGACAACGCAACCAAAUGGAGCCCACACCACAGGACAUCCGCACGCUAAUGGGCCUCCGCAUCAUCCGGGAGAUCGAGAAAACUCACCGUCCAAGUUUAAACUCUUCUCGAACUGCACGCAUGCCGGUUCGCGGAAGUUCCCCGAGGUGUACAUCUGUUCCUCGAUUAACCAGAAAUCGACGGCCACGAUCAACGCUCCUUCCGGUGUGUCCUUUUUGGGAGGAAGAGGCCCAUCUUCAGCGGGUGUGGUGCCAACGAUCAUUUUGCCUGGUCAGUUGAACGAUCUGAAUCGAGUGCGACCGAGAACGUUACACUGCUGCGAUAGUGGCAGCACCGAGUGUCGGAAUAACAUCACUGCGGCGGGUUUACGGACGCUUACGGCGACGGCAAAUGUGGCCAGUUCGUCGACGACCAUCACGACUGCGAAUGGCACACGGAGGGAUGCGUCAGAGCGACAACAACAGCUGCAGCAACAUCACCAUCAGCAUCAGAAGGCCGCUUUUUAUCUGUGUUCGAUGCUAGAGGACGAUCCGCAUGAGGAUUCGUCGGAUGGAAAGAACCCCGGCACAACCGGUGGAAGUUGUCAGGGAACGCGGACGUUCCACUGUUGUUCGCAAUACAGCCGCCAGAUGGCGGCAGCUCACAGCUCUUCGGUGAUGACGACAAACAACAAUAACCACCGGCAGAACCAUCACGGGAACGAUUUCCUAGCGGCGGCAACAGCAGCAACACUGCUUGCAACAACCAUGACCACGUUGACAACGACCACAACGACGUCGGAGGAAGCGUACGUUCAGUACACCGAGCGAUGCUCCUGUUGCAGCUUUCAGAUGCAAAAACCCGACCACGAAGGAUCACCGGAAGAUGGAUCACCGAGAAGGCACCAUCUACACCCGCAGGACAUUCAUCCUUUUCGGACCGGAGCUACCGAUAAAGCGGGAGCAAUCGUUCAGCCAACUGGUCGGAGGUUUUGCUGCGUAAACGAACCACUCGGUGCAAGUGGCAUUAAAUCAUCGCACCACCGGUGGAAAAGAAAAUGGAACUGCUGCUCAAGCGUUCCCGACAGCCCGGACGUGCCGGUAGACCUGCGUACGAUCUCCGGCACGCUAGCAGUCACCACCGGAAGCCGAUCGGUGAUGAGUAGCGCUCAGUUUGGUGAUGCUGCUGACCCAUCCGGGAGUGUCCUGCCAGCGAUCACGACCGUCGUGGAACGUUCCUCACAAUCCUCGGCCCUCGAGCGUCAUUCCCACGAAGCGCCCGAACCACCGAACGACGAAAACUGUGCCAACAAUAACUGUAGUAGCGUUAGCGUAGCUAGUCCCCGUGUUGUAGCGCGUGCCACUAAACGAGGAGAGAACCCCGUCGGUGAAGGUCCUUUCGCGUCCCGAGUGGAUACGGCGUCGACUUCCGCCAUUCACAUCAUCAGCGCGGAUGCCAAUGGUAACGAGCUUGUUCGUGAGACCGGCGAUGGUGGUGUGACAAAUCCUGCCAGUGUUUCACCGCUUCCAAAGCGACCGCGGGCUCGUCUCGUUCGGCCAUGGCCCGUUGUGCGAUUGCGGCACAUGAUGCGAAUGAUCGAUCGCUACCGGAGACCUCGAUGCCGGACGAAUCUCACGGGUACAACCAACUCGGGUGCGAGUAGUAGCCAAACUGGUGGAUGUAGUAACACCGCACCAUUAACAUCCCCACUCGUCCGACAGAACCAGGUGCGACCGUUAUCGUCCAGUGAGUUUGCUAGUGCGUUGCUGACGGUGCCAGGUUUUGGAGCAUCAGCACUGGCAGCAGCAGCGGCCGCAGCAGCCGCAUCGUCUUCAUCCUCAUCGACAUCCCCAGUGUCGUCGGGUUGCUCCAGUGGUCCAGGAUCACCAUCCGUGCAGCUUCGUGCGCUUCUAGCGGCCUCCUCAAACCCUCGAAAUACCACCGCCGUGGAGUCAUCAUCAUCCUCGUCAUCACCCUCGAUCACGAUGCCCGUUUUGCCGCCACCAACACGCCGUCGACUGAAAGGUGGUGCCUCCGGUGGUUGUGAACAGCUGCCGGAAUUGAUCGCGGACAUCACGCCAACGUCCGUCCGUGCACCGGUACAUCCGCCGAUGGGUUACCGGAGAAGUCGUCGCAAAAACGUCAUACGCAACCGCAGCCCAACGCUGUCCCCGAUACACGAAUCCGGCCUAUCGAAUCCGACCUCACCGCAGCCCUGCCGGCACACGUACCCGGCGGUGUCGGGUACGAGCUCGAGCUGUGGUGGAUCACGCUCCUUGGAUGCGGGACGAUCCUCGGGAGUGAUCCCGCUCGUGACGACUACCGGUUACACGGAUCAGUCGCCUUGAGUGGUGAUAGUUUUGUGCCCUACGAGCGUCGGUUUUGUUAGAUAGAAAAAUGCUUACCCCCUUUUAGCUGUAUUACCGUGCGUUUCGGAACAUUCGGAGCGUUAUGCUAUCCUAUUUUGAUGUGCAACACAUCCCUGCGAGUUCGCCCCAGUUGUUCGUUUUUCGGGGGGUAGUGUGUCUCAUAGUGCUAUCAAGAAAAAAAGAGAAUAAAAGAAGACAAGACUAAUAACGUUGUGCUUACGUUUGUGUGUUGCGGUGCAAAGUGAACCGUCGAGCUCGUAGAGACUUACCAAACGCAGCUUGAAACGUCCCGAUAAGACUUAGAUCCGAUGUGAUCGAUUUUGAGGCUGAUCCACACCGAUACAAUGAAGCAGCCACCGGCAGCGUGGAAACCCACGCGCCAUCGUAAGCGUAUGCAAUACAACGAAACUUUUGGGAAAGCGUUAAUCAAAAAUCAUUUGUCCAUGCGUGCGCGCGCGCGCGUGUGUGUGUGCGUGUGUGUAUGUGCAACAUUCCGGCCAGUUCAGCUGAUGAAAAGCACACGAACGCGAAGAAACGAACGCAUCGAAGGAUGUGCAGUAGUUUACCACAGUAGUAAGCGAGAACCGUGUCACGGGGGGAAAAAAAGGAUUAGUGUAGAUAAAGCAAAAGCAUAUUUUUUUAUACCUACCGAAGCGUCCAGGGAGCGGAAUGCAGAAUGUUCAAAACGUUAAUGAGUUUGCGAUAGAGGUGCCGGUUUGCGAGGUUUUGUGGAAAUCACGUACCCCAUCUAAAGUCCUGUGCAAGCGCGCCCACGUUCGAGUGCUAUUGUGCCAGGUGCAGCGAGUGAGUGAGAGCUAGUGUUGCGAGCAGUUGUAGUGAUUCCCGUGCCAGCAGCCGCUAAAAGGGGUUUGG